AUGGAGAAAUUGCGUGAUGCACGACUGUGUCCACAUUGCUCCAAGCUGUGCUGUUUCAGCUGUAUUCGGCGUUGGCUGACUGAACAAAGAGCUCAGUGCCCUCAUUGUAGAGCCCCGCUGCAGCUACGAGAGCUCGUAAACUGUCGUUGGGCAGAAGAGGUCACACAACAGCUCGAUACGCUUCAGCUGUGCAACCUCACAAAGCACGAGGAGAACGAAAAAGACAAGUGUGAAAAUCAUCAUGAAAAGCUUAGUGUUUUCUGCUGGACCUGCAAGAAGUGUAUCUGCCACCAGUGUGCCCUUUGGGGAGGAAUGCAUGGAGGACAUACUUUUAAGCCGCUGGCAGAAAUCUAUGAGCAACAUGUCACUAAAGUAAAUGAAGAAGUGGCAAAGCUUAGGAGGAGACUCAUGGAAUUGAUCAGUUUGGUGCAAGAAGUGGAGAGGAAUGUGGAGGCAGUGCGUAGCGCGAAGGAUGAACGAGUUCGGGAAAUCAGGAACGCGGUGGAGAUGAUGAUUGCCCGGUUGGACACUCAGCUGAAGAAUAAGCUUAUAACACUAAUGGGUCAGAAGACGUCGCUUACUCAAGAAACUGAACUUCUGGAAUCCCUGCUUCAGGAAGUAGAACAUCAGUUACGAUCAUGCAGCAAGAGUGAGCUGAUCUCCAAAAGUUCGGAGAUCCUCAUGAUGUUCCAGCAGGUUCAUCGGAAGCCUAUGGCCUCGUUUGUCACUACUCCAGUUCCCCCAGACUUCACAAGUGAGUUGGUUCCAGCCUAUGACUCAACUACAUUUGUCUUGGAAAACUUCAGUACUUUGCGUCAGCGAGCAGAUCCUGUGUACAGUCCACCUCUUCAAGUGUCGGGACUUUGCUGGAGAUUAAAAGUUUAUCCAGAUGGAAAUGGAGUAGUACGGGGCUACUACCUCUCUGUGUUCUUGGAGCUGUCCGCUGGAUUGCCAGAGACAUCCAAGUAUGAGUACCGUGUGGAAAUGGUUCACCAAUCCACCAACGAUCCCACCAAAAACAUAAUUCGAGAGUUUGCGUCCGAUUUUGAAGUAGGAGAAUGCUGGGGUUACAACAGAUUCUUCCGUUUGGACUUGCUAGCCAACGAAGGCUACUUAAACAGGCAAAACGACACGGUGAUCCUGAGGUUUCAAGUGCGCUCACCAACCUUCUUCCAAAAGUGCCGAGAUCAACACUGGUACAUUGCUCAAUUGGAAGCAGCUCAGACGAGUUAUAUCCAGCAAAUAAAUAACCUUAAAGAA